GAGCGGCGGCUGUGGCGGUGGCGGCUGGGGCAGCCUCGCCGCUGCAUUCCACGCGGCGGUGGUGGUGGUUGUUGUUGUGGUGGUUGUUGUUGUGGUUGUUGCCGUCACCACUGCCCACCGUUAGUUGUACACGCCCGUGUCACUUUACCGUCGUUUUAUUGCCUUCGACAACUUUUUACGGCUGUUUCGAGGGCGAUCAGAGGCGUCGCGGCGCGCGAUGAUGCACACGCGGUGCCGGGUUCAUCUAAAAACCACGUGAAGACUACAUUUCCGUUAAACAAACAAUGGACGUAGCAUAGUUACAAUUGACCCGCAGAGCGAUGGAUUGUAUCCUUUCAUGAAAAUGGACCGCGACGAUGGGGGAAAUGAGGGAACAGACCUGGACGCCAGCGAAAAAACCUACAAUGAAACUCACAAGCCUCUGGAAGACAUGGACGAGGAUGGCGUUAUUAUGGUGGAAGGAAGCCGAUACCGUGUCGAAGCUUGUGGGACCGUUCCACUUAGCCACAUCGCAGAGACUGUGGAUAAGGUGCGUCCUCCUCGCAAGCCUGGCUUAGGUGACGUUGUUUCGCAGGCUCCCUUGGAUGUCCUAGACAUAGAGGAGACUAGCUAUCCUACUACCGACUCUCAGGAUGCUGCAGCUCUGUCGGCAGAAGGGACAACAGCCGAUGAAGCACACGACGACCUCAGCUUUCACGUCAGCGAACUAUUGGAUUCGGAUGCAUUGCCGGCGUCGUCGGAAAAGCAGCAAAGUUUAGAAGUGGCGGAUGAAGAUGUGAGCUACCGCAUCAGCGAGUUGCUGGACUCUGAUCCAGUGGCUAUUUCUGUGUCUCUUGCGGAAGACGCCACCCUCAACAUCAGCAACGAUGAUACCUUCCAAAGUGAAAACUCACCAGAGCUCGCCAAAGAUAUUUCGCCCAGGAGGAUGUGGAGGGUAUCCCCAGAGCAAGGCAUCAUGGCAAGCACAAGCGGCCCUGCCAGAGAAGUGGGGAGUGGACAGCACAGGGCUUCACCUCAUGAACAAUUGGGAAUGGAGUCUGCGGAUGAUUAUGACGAUGAGAUUGAAGAAGGCGGAAGGACGAGCGAGGAGGAAUCGGACCUGCCAUACGACGGAGACCUGGACGAGGGUUCGGAUUUGAACCCCAACAGUGCGAGUAAUACGUCGGGUACAGGGCAGUCGUGCACUCAUUCUUCCGAGCUGCAUGAGAAAGGAGCGUUGUCUCUAAGUGGAAGGGAACAGUCCACUUGCCUAAUGAACCUGGCACUUGAAAAUGAUCCAGGGGACCGUGAGGGACUCGACGCUCAAUCGCUGUCACGCGAUAUCAAUGCAGGGCUGCGUUAUUCACUUGCCGAUGAGACGGGAGCACGGCAUGCUUUGGUAAUCGAAGAGGAGCACUUGUUACGUUCAAAUGAUGACUUUGUUGGACCCAGCAAUAAUUUGUAUUUCUCACAAAUACGAGCUGAAGUGUUUCUCACAGAAGCACACGAUGGAAAGUAUUUAUCAGAUACAGUCGACACAAUUGAACACUCUUCAGAGGCACGAGGCAAUACUUGCAAUGUAGAAGAUGAAAUUGUCUGUGUUGGUUCAGCCAAUGAACCAAAAAACACUAUUCGCUCAGACCAGGAAAUGCAAUACAAAGCCUAUGAACAUGUACUUAUUACGGCACAAGCGCAACAUGCACAGUCUACCUUUCAACAGCAGCCUUGUGAUAUGUUACACAGAGAGCAAGAAGUUAAGUUGGAAAUAUGUAAUGAUGUAAUUGAGCCCACAGCCCAAAAUUCAAAGACUGCCAUUGAACAAGUCAGUCACCCGUUUGCUGAGGAUGAACUCAGUUCCAGACAUUACAUUGAAGCAGAAACUAUGCCCGAAAUUUCGUUCACAGAGAGCGUCGAUGCUGCCGCAGCAGCUAAACAAGCUGAUUUUUUAAUCAAAGAUGAAUUCCAUAGGAGCCAUAAAGAGGGCAGCAUGCAAAUUAUACCUGAACAUGCCCAAUGGCUCCCCAGCGCUGACGAAGGUGCACAGACCUCUUUAAUUAUUGACCGUGAAAGUGUUGAGAUGGGUACAAAUGUAAACUGCAUGGACGUGUGUAAUUCCGCAGAACCUUACAGUCAGAUAUCUUGUAUUAAGAAGCAAAUGCUAUCAGUAUUAAAAUCAGACAAUUGUGCAGCUAAUGCACCAUCUGAUAGGUCAAUAUUGCUGGAUGAUAACCAGAAACAGAGGAGAGGACAAGUUAAUUACCCGCUGCCAAACUUGUCGAUGGUUGAGCCAAAAAUUAGGUCGCAGAAGAAGGCAAAGACCAAAGUAGAUCGAUCACCGUCUUCCACAAAGGCCAGUGUCAAGUUGGCCAGGUCUGUAUCGCACAAGCCCUUGGUUGCAACCGUACGGGAGGUCCUCAACAGCACAGAGCUUCCAUUGGUGUCGUGCAAGACGCGCUGCGUUACCCCCGAACCUCAGGAAGGGACCCCCACAAUGCACAGCGACAACAGAAGCCCAAACUCUAAAACAAGCGCAGAUAUGGUGCGGCAGCUGCAGGAGGACUAUGAUAAGCUACUGACGAAGUACGCCGAGGCCGAGAAUACUAUCGACCACCUCCGGCUCGGUGCCAAGGUGUCACUGUUUGUCGAUGCACCAAAACCUGCCAGCAGUGCCAUUCAUGUGGGAACCUUGAACACCCCAAGCCGGCCUGUAACCCUCACCAUCCCAAAACCACAACAGGCGUGGCUCAUUCAGCCAGGGGCAGGAAGUCAAGAGCAUCCAGAUGGUGACUCAGGUGGCGCAAGGUGUUCCAUGCAUGAAGAGGAGGCAACCCCAGGGAUGUGCCUGACACGGGAGCUGGCCAGCCAAGCAUUAUGUUUCAGGGACAAGGUCAAUGAAUUUCGGGAACUUUUAAACUUGGGAAAACUGUCGUUGGAAAAUCAGCAGGAGGCCUUUGAACAGCUGAGGAGGGACCAGGAUGUCCUAGAGCGGCAGUACAUGGCUCGGAACGAGGAGCACCGAGCCCUGCAAUUACAGACUAAUCGCUGUGGAAUGGCCGGACACUUUGAUCCACACCGCGAGGUGGAAGGUGCGAUUUUUCAGCUGGGGAUGAGCCUGGAGGAGAUGAAGGAGCAGAUGGACGCGAGUCAAUGCAGACCGGCGUCUCCAGACACAGCGGCGGCCUCCACGUCACUGUCGGCCACCGCUGUAAAGACACAGCGAGUCCCCAGCAGCCACUCUGAGAGUCCAUUGUCCGUGGUUAUCCACCAACACAUCACCUUGGACCUUGUGGAAGGGAGCGAGACCGACGAUGAGGUGGGGAGCGAGAGCAUGGAGGAGAGAAUGGGAGAUCAAGAGAGCAGCAGAAGUGAGACCCACACGGAGCCCGGGGAGAGUGAUAAAGAAGGAGGAGAUACGGUGGAGGAGGAUCGGGGAUCGGCCCAUGGUGGAGACUCGUCAGGGCUGAGCUCACAGAGUUACCAUCGCGGCUCCCAAGCAACGGGCAGGGCAGGGCCGCGCCAACAUCGCAGCGUUGCAGCACCAGCGGGAAGGCAGCGCCGUGAUCGGGCGCAGCUCCCCGACGUCUGGGCUCAAAGCAAAACGGACGACCGAUCGCAGAGGUCCACGGCCAAUGCGAAGGAAGAUUCCAAAAGCAAUACGUGUCGGAGUCGAGACAUGGAUGGACGGGAGGAGGAUGAGUUGUUUGGAGGCUCGGGAAGGAGGGCGCCGACACCUCAACCGCACUCGCCUCUCCAGCCAAGUCAGCAGCCUCCUCUUCCUCUCAACGUGAUGUUUAAUUCUGUGGAGCCACCUUCUCUGUUUGCCGAGCACAGACACCAAAGAGACAUGCAGUCUAAAGAGCAUCCGAAUCAAAAGACUACAGAAGCUGGAGAAAUAUCUCGGCACGUAAGCCAUAUCAGUCUUGCCAGCAGUGGAAUCUCUUUGCAAGGGAGCUUCGAUAAUUUCCAGCGACACAGACAUUCCAUCAAAGAGGAGCGCGUGAUUUCUCCCGAGACAGACAGUGGUUUCGUUGGCUCGGAGAACGGGAGGAUAACUGGCAGGGCCUCGAGUCUGGCUGAGAGUCUGCGUCUCACUGCAAGGAGCAGCAGCUCCCACCCGUCUCUGCCCGAGGAGGAGUGCGAGAGCGACGCCCCAGCUGUUGCACCGGUGUUGGCGGAGCCUGCGCGGCAACGCGGGGUCUGGCCCGACGCAGAGGCCAGCGAGGCGGUGGGAGCGCACGGACCGCGCGUGGCACGCAGACCCGGUGCGUCCUCAAGCCGGUGGAAUGCGAGCGCGGCGAGCGACUGGGACUCGCGAGGCCGCCAGGGUCGAGAUAGAUUGGACGAUUUGGAGCGUGAAGACGUCUGCAGUCUGGAUGGAUUUCCCUGUCGUCCACUGAAGAGAGCAGAAUUGGGCGACCUUGACGGAGAACAUCCCAGGGGGAACGCGGCGUGGAGCCGGGCGGCUAACGGGCUGCAGAGCGAGGAUGGCGACCCACCGUCGCGGCCGUGGGAACGCCCCCACAGCGACGACCUCGCGGCAGCAGCAGAUGGAUCGGUGCUGCGGGGUCCCAGCGAGGAGGUGGAGGCAAGGGAGCCGGGCGUCACACCCCGAGCGAAACGAACCCCGUCUGAAGGGGCCUACCCCGACCUGAGUCGCCUCUCCGUAGGCCCGAGGAGAAGAAGUAAGACUGCCGCACGGCCAGAGGUGAAAAGCAUCCCGCGAUCAGAACCGUGGACUCCCCGCUUGCGCUCUUCUCGAGCCACCCUCUCCCUGGCUGACCUGCGGCACCGCGACGAGGAAGCGGCGGUGACCCCCACAGCCUCGCCGCCUUGGGCCACUCCCCCACGCCGAGCAGCCACGCGGGGGCAUCAGUCGCGCGACCACCUGCUCGCCGGACCCUACAGCGGUACCAGCAGCACUGGAGGCCAAACAACAUUAGGUGUGGAUUACAAAAGUUUCCCUCCAGGCAGACCGUCUGGAAAAUUGUUUGAGAGUGACCAUCCCUGCCCGAGGUGUUCUUCAAAAGCCAGGACAUCAGAGAGACAUUGGGACAGCGGGACAAAGAGGCUACUUUGUCCCGUCUGCAAUGGUUCCGGGGUCUGCAUUGAGUCGAGUAGCCACCAUGAAGAUGAUCCGGUGCUGGAAGAGCUGAGGGAUGAGACGGAGCACUCGCCUCAAUCGAGGAGGCAGCGGCACAGCGAAGUCUAUCCAGGGCUCUACUCGGGGUCCUAUGUCUACCCAGCAUUCAGAUACGGCCUGCCCUCAGCGCUGUACGUGUCGCCGUAUCACUCCCGCUUCUACCUGCCGGAUCCACCACCCAGGAGCCAGGUGCGCCCACGCGGAGUCAGCAACGGCCGGGCACGCAGCGAAGACAUCGGCGUGUCCUGGCAGGGCUCCGGGCGGGAUCUAUGCAAGUCUCUGGACUGCGCCAUCAGGACGGCCGAGGGGAUGCGGCGCACCAGCCAGAGGAUGGUGGAGUUCCUCUCCAGGGAUAUCGCCCAUGUGCACGCCACACACCAGUUCCUCUUCCGCUGACACCGCGUGGCGUCGUGCGCUCCGUAACCACUGUUGGCGAACUCACGCUGGAUGCCGCGGUGGGCAUCUUCACACUCUUUGUGGUACAGUAUCACGGCAAGGCGUAGUGGUGCACGCCCGCGAUCAGGCACUUUGGGAGGUCAGGGUUGGUGGUGGAGCACGAAUAUUCGUUGAAUUACCAUACCCGCAGAGCUGCGAUGUGGCUUAAGAGAUGGCAGUACUGGAAGCGGGGUUUAUGAGAACAUCUGUGUGAACCUUAGUGUUAUUGCUUCGUAUGCCAGGUAUUCCUUUUCGCUCCCACAAAGCACUCGAUGAAAAUUGAGAAAACAUCUCAUGAAAGUUGAGAAUUAGCGAGGCUUUCCUGGAUAAUUACAUUGUUACAACUUACAUUCCAAAGUAUUUGGUAAUGCUUGUUGAGACAGUCAUGUUGGACCAAGGCCCAUUGAGACAUGUCUGUAACGGCAUUGUUAAGUGUUUUAUGGCGAUUAGGUGCACAGCUUGUAUUACCAUACUGUUAAAUUUCAAAAGUGCAACACCCUUGCCAGAAAUAUGAUGAAAUGCAACUCCCCAUUUUUCCAGUUGCAAGAAGAGUAUUUAUUGUUAGGUCGUACUGCAAUGCAAACUAUUGCAUAGCUUUUAGAGCUCUUAAUGGUUGUCAAUUUUAUAGCUCUUUAAAACCCAUCAACUCUCUGAACUAGUCAUUUAAACUUCGAAACAUAUGGCCAUACGAGCCACGCAACAACACCAUUUAAGUAUUAAAUUAUGGCAUCCGGUGCCUUCAUCAGUUCAGGAGUUGCAACGUUGCCUUCAGCACAUCUUAUCCUGUGUAAUACAUUGAAUAAGACAAACACUUAAGACAAUCAAAUGCUGCUUUAACGGUUCCAAUACAUUUUUACAGUAACAAUUGUAUUUACGGAUAUUUUAAAUACGGGGAUUGCAAAGACAAAAGUUUUGCACUUGAGGUUUUUUGUAAUGAAAAGUGUUUUAAGGGGUUUUCUUCUACAUUUUAUUUGAGAUUCAACAGCAUUUACCAAAUGUUUUAAAUUAUUGAAUUUGAUAAAAAUGUACAUGUACACUUUUUGACUUAUUGUAAUAAACUUGACGAUAUUUCCA